ACUUCAUGCUUGGCCUUUGCAGCUCGUGACUGACCUCGGCAGUUAAGUGUUUGAACUCUGCAACUCAUGCUCAAGUUCUGCACUUCGUGCUCGACCUCUGCACUCAUGGCUUACCUCGGUUGUAAGUGUUUGAACUCUGCAGCUCGUGCUCAAGUUUUGCACUUCAUGCUCAACCUCGACAGCAAGUGUUUGAGCUCUGCACUUCGUGCUCGACCUUUGAAGCUCAUGGUUGACUUCGGCUGUAAGUGUUUGAACUCUGCAGCUCAUGCUCAAGUUCUGCACUUUGUGCUCGACCUCGGCAGCAACUCGUGCUUCAGCAUCUCGCACCUCGGACUUGUGCGAUUUGUAGCUUGGACUUCUGCAAUCCGUAGCUUGUGCUCAAGCAAGACGUUUAUGACAGCUCAUGCUCAAGUAGGAUAUUUGCACCUUGUGCUCCAACGAGUUGUUUCAGCUCGUGCUCGAGCAAGAUGCUUGCAGCUCAUCAUUGUCAAGCUUGAGGAUAAUGGUAUUUCGGGAAUCUCGGACUUUGAUGACGAGGACGGAGAGCUUGAGGCAUUGGCGGAUGGCGCGGGUGUCGGCAGCCAUGUGAGCGGGGAACCAGUUGAUGACUCCACCAUCUUUGGCACCUCCCAACUCCAUGCCUUAACCCCAUUUCUGUUUCCUUCAUUUUCAUUAUCACCAACUAAAUAGAUGAGAAGUACAUUUAUGGUUGACGAACAGAGAGGCACAUGACCGCCAUAGCUUAAGCUUGUGUUUUGCUGACACUUUUUUGCUUUUUGAAUACUCAUGGCUGACAUUGUAACUUGCCUCGAUAGUUGUGCAGAGCUACUCCCUUGUUUGUCUUUUUGUGAAAGCUUCUCUUCUUCAUGGGCGAAUAAACCCUUUUCAUCGCA